AUGGACGGCCGGCCGGCAGCUUUCAUCGACUUUUUCGAGCUUUCUCAGCACGUAGGGCAAGAUGGGGGCGGGGCUGGCGGCGACACCAGCGCCCAUGCAAAGGCGUCGGGCGUGGUGGAGGAGCAGGCGGAGCGGCCACAGCGUCAGGCAGAGCAGCCGCUGCCGCCUGCAGGGCUGUUGCUGCUGCGCGACGAGCUCGUGCGCGCGGACGUGGCUCUGAAGAGCGCCGACCCUACAACGGCGUACAGCGCUUACAAGCAGCUGGGACGAUACUUCACGCAGCUGAUGCAGCUGGAGCGCGCCGCCAUGUUUUACGGCCGGUGCUGCCAGGCGGAGCAGCGCGAGAAAGCGGGCGACCUGGGGGCCGCGGCGGCCUUCCUGGAAAAAUGCUUCGGCGCCGCAGAGCAAUGCGGGGACGCGGCGGCGGCCGGCGCGGCGAGCCACCGGCUGGGGCUGCUGUGCGCGGCACAGGGCAGGUGGCGGGAGGCCAGUCAGCACCAGGCAGUGUAUGUGCAGCGGAGCAAGGAGGCCGGCGAUGCGGCGGCGGAGAGCGCGGCUUGUCGUGCGUACGCUCAGUGCCUGCGGCGGCUUGGGGACCUGGGCGGCGCAGUGGCGGCCUUGGAUGAUUACCUCCGGCUGCAGGACGCCGCGCGCGAUGGGGACGGCCGCGGCCCCGCGCUGGCGUGCUGCCAGCUGGGCUGCCUGCACUACCAGCGCGGCGAGCUGCAGGCAGCGGUGUCGUGCUUUGAGCGGUUCUUCGAGCGAGCGCGCUCGCUGGACGCGCGGCUGCUCGACGCGGCGCGCGCCAACCUUGGCGCUGCGCGGGCAGCGCUGCGGCUGGGGGAGUACAUGGGGGCGGCGGCGAGCGACCUGCCGCGGCUGCUGCGCGCAAAGGGGCUGCAGGCGCCGCUAGGUAAACAAGCCGAGAUAUGCAGCAAUGGGGACCACACACAGCCCAUACGCGUGCUGGCGUUCUCGAAGGACGGUACACUGCUGCUGACGGCGGGCGACGACAAGCAGGUCAAGCUGUGGGACACAGCUACCUGGCAGUGCAUCAGGACACUAGUGUCAGCCAAAAAGACCAGUGCGGCGGCGCUCACCAACGACAGCCGCCACGUCAUUUACGGCGACAAGUUUGGAGACGUGUGCAUCGGCACCACCAGGCCCCAGGAGCAGCAGCAGCAGCAGCAGCGGCAGCAGCACGAGCAGCCGCAGCAGCAGCGGCACGUGGAGGACCCCGCGCCGCUCCUCGGCCACAUGCAGUCAAUCGUCACCGCCGUUGUCGCGCUGCCGGGCGACCAGCUGGUCGUCACAACCGACCGCGACGCCAAGGUCAGAGUCAGCGUGCUGCAGCAGCCGCAGCCGCUGCUCGGGUCCUUUGAGAUCCAGAGCUACUGCCUGGGCCACCGCGAGUUUGUCGCCUGCGCGGCGGCGGUGCUGGCGCCGCCCGGGGCGGCGGGCGACGGGCCAGCUGGCGGCGCGCUGCUGCUCACUGGCGGCGGGGACGGGUGCGUGAAGCUGUGGGACCCGGUCAGCGGGCAGCUGCUGAGCAGCUACACGGCAGCGACAGAGGAGGAGGCCGAAGCUGCGGCGGCAGCGGAGUUGGUCGGCUGCGGUGAGCAGGAGGAGGGCGCCGCCGAGCAAGCGGGCGCGUCGCGCAGCGCUCUUGAGCAGGGCGGCGACAGCGGCGGCGAGGGCGCCGCGGGCGACGAGGCUGCCCAAGACGGCGCUGACGACGGGCAGCAGCAGGAGCAGGAGCCGCGGGACCAGCAGCAGCAUCAGCAGAAAGGACGCAAAGCGCUGCUGCCGGUCGUCGCGAUCGCGCUGUCGAUCGGCGGCGACCUGGCGGCGGUCUUGGUGGAGGGGCGGCGCGAAGUGCAGCUGGUGCGGGUCGAUGCGGCGGCGCGCUCCCUGGGCCCCUGCCUGCAGCGGCUGGCGCUGCCGCCCGACGUGCUGGCGCCCUGCAGGGCGGCGUUCGACGAGGCUGGGCGGCUAUGGCUGGUCGGGGGGCCGCCUGUGGCGGUCACGCAGUCGGCGCACGUCGCGGUGGCGGCACCGGCGGCGGAAGGCGGCGGCGACGGCAGCGUGUCCUACGCCUUUGUCACCGCUGACGUGCUGCCCGACGCCGUGCGCGGGUUCCUUGAGCGCCGCGUCGCCGAGGAGGAGGCUGUGGCGGCCGAGGCGGUGGCGGCGGGCACCACUUACACCAUGCAGCUGAGGAAGCGGCAGUACGACCCCAAGCAGGUUGAGGCGCGCAAGAUGCAGCGCACCGACAAGGCGGAGAGCGACCGGCUGGAGCGCUUGCGGCGGAAGAGCGCGCAGCAAGAUUCAGGAGCGGGCGGCGGCGAGGCGGCGGCGGGCGAGGGCGAGUGA